AUGAUUGGUGUAUUAGGAGCUGUCUCGAAAGAUACAGAGACGUGGUUAGCAGAGAUUGGUGUCAAAUGUUGCUUGGAAUCAUUGCAGAAAGCGUGCCUACUGGGUACGGCCAGACUUGGACACCUAAGGUCACCGGCGGUGACUGGAUGUUUAAGGAAGACGCCAGCAAGUCAUCCAGAAGCUAUCUUUAAUGAGGAUAGUAAUAAUAAUAAUAAUAAUAAUAAUAAUUUUAACCAGACUGUGGAAGCAGUUAGAGAAUUUGAAGAACACGCCAUGGCAUCAGACCACCAGUCGCUCGUAAAGGAAGCAGCUAAGUACGCUGAAGAACUCAACAUCACACUUCAGCUUGAUACCCUAAAUCCCGUGUGUGUUACAACAGAAGGAAAGGUGGUAACUGCAGCAAGAGCUGGGAAUCUGUUGAAGCAAUCUCAAGAGAAGCAGUUCUUCAGGGGCACCCAACGACGAUUUUCGGAAAAAUAUCUGUUCGGAAGACGAUUUGAGAUCUAGAAUUUUCGAAACAUUUGUUGUAAAAUUUCUUGCUUGCCUGCCUCUCCUAGGAUUUUCGAACAUCUAAAAAAUGGUAUAAUUGCCUAUUUUUAACGGAUUUUUACCCUAAAAAGGUCACCUAGAAUUUUCGGGAGCCUUUUUUCUGGCUGAAAUUUUCGAAAAGGUAAGUUUUGAUCCUUAUAAUUUUCGGAUCACUUGACUUUCAGCAAGGAAAUCCGAACAGAUAAAAAAAUUUUAGGGGAUAAAAAUAUGCCUAUAUCUACCGUUUAAAUACUAAAAUACGUUUAACAAUUCUAUGUUUAAGUGGUUUUGAACUAUGUUCUCGUUGGGUGCCCCUGUUCUUGGAGAUCGCUAAAGACAAAAAGUGGCAAGGAAAGUUAUUCCAUAUCAGAUGGGAAGAUGAGAGCCUAAGCAUAACCAGCUGCUUUGCAUGGUUAAAAGGUUGGGCUACAUGCCCUACACAUACCAUCGCGGGCAUGUAUGAAUUGUAUGAGCAGUUGUUACCUACGAAGCUCUACACAAAGGAGAAGACGCAAACCUCCACCGACGGCGAAGUUCUAUGCAGGUUAUGUGGGAAGGUAGCUGAGAGCGUUGCACAUGUACUGGCUGGAUGUUCCUCCCUGGCACAAACCAAGUACCUAUACAGGCAUAAUGCAGCUUUGAAGAUUCUGUUUUUUGAGCUCCUGCUAGAGCAUGGGUUAAUGGAAGAGGUUCCACCAUGGUACUCACCGGUGAUGCCAAAACCAGCCUACCAGAACACCACGAGUGAGGCGUGUUGGGAUAUUCCCAUCUAUGCAGAGCACAACGAAGUUAGAGCAAAUCUGAUCGACGCGCGACUUGUCAACCACGAGAGGAAAGAAGUCUGCACAAUUGAAAUGAGCUGCCCAUGGAUUGAGAGUAGAGCUAAGAAAGAUGAGGAAAAGACACUCAAGUAUGGGCCCAUGAUGUGGGAGCUGAAGCAGAGAUACAAGGGUUACAGGGUUGAACAGUACAACGUAAUAAUUGACUUACUGGGGGGUUACUCUAAACACCUAGAGAAGUCGGUGAGGAAGCUACUUGGAGCGAGAGCACGGAGCGUACUUGAGCGGAUGCAGAAGUCGGUCAUCUCAAACACUUUAAACAUUGCCAGAACAUUUAAGAUAAAUACUUAG